CUGAAACUUCCCUGUACUCUGCAGGUCUUUAGAACCAUGUAAAGUAUCUGCAUCGUGUGUGGUGGAUUUCAUAACCGUUCAGUUGUUAGGUUUAAUUUAUUUCACUAAGAAGAAUGCUACAUUGAACAAGGAAUUUACAGUGUGACAGAUUUACAUGAUGGAUGAUUUCAAAAGAACUUAUCUUCGCCUCUGUAAAGAAUUUUGCAUUGAACCCCAAGAAUGCAUUCUAAAUCAGCUGCGUGAUCCUUGUGAUGGAAACUUAAGAAAAAAGCUGGAUCUCUCCACACAGUCUCUUUCAGUUGAUACAUGUGCAGUCCUGGGAAAGGUUUUAAUGAAUGACAUUGUGUUCACAGAAAUACUGCUUUGUGACUGCAUGCUGAAUGAAGAAGGUGCCAAGGUUCUGUUGCAUGGACUGUGUACAAAUACCGUGAUUGAAAUUUUGGAUCUUAAGGGUAAUAAUCUGCGAGCAGCUGGGGCUGAAGCACUGGGAAAGCUGUUGCGGCAAAACAAGUCUCUCAAGAGGUUAAUUUUGGAAUGGAAUGCUCUUGGAAUGUGGGAAGAAGGAUUUUGCAUUUUUUGCGAAGGAGUGAGAGCCAACAAACACCUUAAACAUCUAGACCUACGCAAUAAUCAGGUCAACCACCAGGAUGCAGAUGAGUUAGCACUGGCCUUAAAACACAAUGAGACACUGGAGGAGCUAGAUCUUCGGUGGAAUAAUAUUGGCCUAAUAGGCGGCCGAGCUUUACUCAAUGCAUUACAACAAAACAAGUCCUUGGUGCGACUAGAACUCGCCGGAAACAAUAUUCCCAGCGAUCUCUUAAAAGCCAUAGAGCACGCAAUUGACCAUAACUCAGAUUGUCAGACAACUCUGAGAGAGAACAGAGUUCGAUCAAAAGUCCUCAGCAACGAGAUCCAGUGCCUGAAACAGGAAAAAAGCAAGCAGUUCCUGAAUUUGAUGGGUGUAAUAGAUCAACAAAAGGAUGAAUUGUGCCGAAGCAAUAGGACUUCUGCUCUGCAAGUUGGACAGUUACAAGAAGCAUUAAAUGAGAGGAGUUCUAUCAUCAAUUCUUUGCGAGCAAAAGUACAAAUGUCAGAAGCUGCUUUAGCAUUGUCAGAACAAAAGGCAACUGUCCUAAAAGAGCUCUUAGAGAAGGCAAGAAUGGAAAAUUAUGAGUUGAAAGAGAAGCAUUCGAAGGAGCGUAAAAUUGAGCAAGAGGAAGCUUGUAAACAAGAGGCAAAGUUGACUAGAGAAAUAAAUGCAGCAAAUGGGAAAAACCUGGAGCUCAAAAACAAGGUGGAUGAAUUAGAGCGACGAAAUAAAAGCCAGCACGAUCAGAUCUGCCAUCUGAAACAAGAACUGGCCAACGUGACUGCUGAAAUGAAACUGAAAAUAGCACAAACUGAAGAGAAUCUGGAAGAUGAGAAGAAAAGGUAUAAACAAAUGUUGGACGAUGCAGAUGCUUUGUGGCAGAGGGAGAUGGACCACAUGAAACAACACUUGGAGGAGACACAGCGAGCACUUCAGGAAAGAAUUCACAAACUUGAAAACACUAAACUUCAUCUGGAAGAAGACCUAAGCCGGAUGAAGGCAGCUGCUAUAACUGAUCGAGCAGAAGCUGAAGAGGAGCAGAUUAAAGCAAGGAACCAAGCACGAUUGGAACAGCAACAGAAAAUAGUCCACUUGGAAGAGAAGCUUCAUCACAUUACUCAGUCACGUGAUGAAUUCCAGAAUCGCUACACUUCCCAAAAGCAAACUAUCACUGAGUUGCAAGGAAAGAAUAACAAGCAUGUUUUUGAAAUUGAAGGUUUAAAACACCGACUUGAAGAACUACAUCAGGAGUUGUCGAACAAAGAUCAAGAGAAGAUUGCAGAGGUGAAUAGUGUACGGGUUGAACUCCAGGAACAAAUUGGCCAUCUGCAGGCAGAGAGAGCAACAAGGGAAGGCCUCAAAGAGAAGAUUUCUGCCCUGGAGAGGCAAAUGAAAGUUCAGUCAAGUAGCCACCGAGAAACCUUGUUGGAUAAAGAUAGUGAGAUUUCCUCCUUAUUGGAGAAAGUCCGUCUGAAAGACAAUGAGAUUAUGCGAAUGAGGGAGGAUGAAGCACAACGAGCUAGCUUCCUACAUAAUGCAAUCCUCUCCUAUGUUCAGGGUUCUCCUCUUGGCACUCAAAGUACAAAGAAAUGAAAUUUUACCGCAAAAGUAACAAAUGUGGACAACUAGUAAAGGGAGCCAGAUGUUUGUUUUCAAACUUUGGAUUGUAAAUUAAUGCAUAAUUGCAGUUAGGAUGGAUUUGACAAAUUUCUUAAAAAAGCAAUUUUUGGUAUAAGCAAAAUUAAGCAGAAUUGCACAGGAUAAAACAAUACUGAUGAAUGAAAUUUGAAAUGCAGUAUAUCAACAGAAAGGCUUCUAAAGAAAAUGCUUUAAGGUGCAAAACACAUUUUGAUGGUACAUAAUCAGGUCUGAGAAAAGGCACUAGCCUGAAAAAUAUAAUUGUAAAUAUUUUUGUAGUUGUUCUAUGUGUAUACUAUUGGAGAUUUCUUAGAUUCAUGUGGAAUUUAAUCAGCUAGCUUGAUAAAAAGGGUGUGCAAUGCCUGUUGGGUCUUUAUAUAUGUUUAAAUGGGAUUAUGCUAAAAUUAGCUUCUUUCACUAAACUGUCAUUUUAUAUUCUGACAUCCAGAAAUCAGCAUUGGAAUCGUGCAAUUCUUAAAGCUACCUAUUAAAGUUCAUUGAAUUUCUGGUAGAUAAUGAAAUAUAAUGUCCAGACAUGUUGGAUUUCGCAGAGCUUGAAAUAAUGCUGAAAUGUGUAAUUUCUCUACCUAUUUUGUAUCAAAUUUUCCUGCAAAGAUUAUUUACAUUGAGGAUGAAAACCAGUUUAAAAUUAGUCCUACCUACAGAGGUGAUUAUAAAUAUGCUUGAGGAUGCAUGGCACCUCACUUAUGAGGUCCCUUGAAUCAAAUGGUGCUGUUCUAUAAUUAUAUAGAAUUAGGAAAUCCACAGUGGUUAAAAAAGAUUUGCCCUGUUGAUUGGGGAGGGAUGAAGAGUGGACAUAUCAUUGGUGCACUAGAAUUUAAAGCAGUUUGGUUAAGUGCGGUGCAAAUGUUGAUGAGGAAAUUUCCAAUUAAAAUGGUAUCACACCAAUAUCAGAUGAUUUUAGGCUGUGUAGUCUCCAAAUCUCUGGAUAUACUAGGUAAGUACAUUAUUUCCCCAGGAAGUACAUAUAGGCUGUUUUGUGUAGCAUCAUUAUAUGGAAGAGAAUAGGGCUAUAGCUAGAUCAUUGAGAAAUUCCUUAAGUAAUAUCAAGGAGCUAGGGCAAAAAAGGAGAUGUUCUGACUACAUUUGGAUAGUGAAAGUGGUAUCACCGAUCUGGAACAAAAAUAAGAAAGCUGGACAUAAGAUUCUACAGAUGCUGGAAAUCUUGCACAAAAUGCUGGGGGAGCUCAGCAAGUUGGGCAGAAUUUAUGGAAUGGAAUAAACAGUCGACAUUUCAGGCCAAGAGGUCAGGCCGAUUCCAUGGAGGCAAAAGGUAUAAGUCAACAUUUUAGGAAGAGACCCUACAUCAGGACUGAAAUGGAAGGAGAAAAAAUGUCAGUAUUUUGCAGUACAAAGAUGUUGCGGGGAGGGGAGAAUAGGGGCUGAUAGAUGACAGGUGGCGCUAAAUAGGGAAGGGAUGGGCAGGUGGAAUCAGAGAGGGGGAGGAAAUGGGAAAUGUGAACAAAGGGAAAAUAAAAAUAAAAUUAGGUAGUUAAGUGAGUUUUUGUGGGAGGAAGCCAUGCACCCUAGCUAUACCUGUCUUUCUGUUGGAUCCAUGGAACAGUCAUAGUUAUAAAGCUGUUCCAGCAAACCCCUUCCCCCACCUCCGCCUCCAAAUUUUUUCUUCUCUGCAUAUACAACAGCAUCCAGUCUGCUUUCUACACUCGUAUAGAACUUGUCAUUUUCAUCAUCUUUGCCACCAACUUCCACCUUGUCCUUAAAUCUAACUCUGACACUUUUUCUUGACUUUUUAGUCUCCACCUCAGGACACUUCCUGAGGCUCUCACAGCCUCGCUCAACGACACCUUUUUCCACCUUCCUCUUGUAAGGCUGCUAUCUAUCACAAAUUCUUCAUUUCUGGCCAGAUUAAGGUGAAACCACAUUGUGUAGACUUUCUGAAACUUCCUCUUUUCUGCCAUAGAUCUUGGAGCCACACACAUUUCCUUAUUUCCCACAUCUCUACUCUCAUCUGUCUCUCCCCUGCCCACCAGCUUACAAAUCCAACACAUUAUCUAUUGGCAGCUCCAAUGUAGUCCCACAACUGAUCAUGUUUUCUCCUCACCUCACCUUUCUGAUUCUCUGCUCCACUCAUCCUCGCCACCACCUUUACCAUUGCCUGGCACUUCCCCCUGUGAUCAUAGGAGGUCUUACACUUGUACAUUCAUUUCCUCCUCCUCUGCCACCCAGGGACUUAAACACCCAUACCAAGUGGGCAGACGUUCACCUGCCCCUCUUCCAACCUGGUCUAUUGCAUUUGGUGCUCACAUAUGGCCUCCUCUACAGUGGGGAAACCAAGCAUAGCCUAAGCAACCAUUUUUUGACAACCAUUUAAAGCUUCUUGUUGCAUGUUAUGCUUACCUCAACUAAUUCCACUCACUAUCUAAUACCAGCUUCUGUUGCACGCCCCUUUCCCCUCAUCUAAUUCCAACUACCCAAUAUCCCCUCCCAUAUGGUUCCAUUCAUCAGAUAACAACCCCCUCCCCAUAAUGAAAUUAUUGUGUCAAUCUUUGCUUGGCCUCACCCAAACUGCUGACUUGCAUGCUUUGCCUCCACAGCGUUGCUUGGCCUGAGUGUUUUUUUUUGGUGCUCUGGUUGUUGUUCCAGAUCCCAAAAUCUGCAGUCUCUCUUUUGUCCUUUGCCCUCAUACCAAUGACAUGGAUAAUAGUUGAAAUCCUAGAAGGCACUAGUAUGCUUGACAACAUGAAAAACUACAUGGAGGUCAAGGAGCAUGAGAAAGGAUAAUGCACCUUUAACACAAUUGCAUGGGAGAACAAUUGUCUUUUUGGUUGAGCCUCUUUUGAUACUUACGUCUGAAAACUAGAAAGUUUAAAUGGUGGAAGAACAGGAAGGACAAUUGGUAUAAAUGUUUCAAUCUCUUCAUUCUUGAACAAUGUUUUGAUGUCACUAGAUUAACCACAGGCAUGUGUAUUCAUGGUCAGUUUAUUAGAAUGUAAUCUACCGAAGUAUGGUCCAUCACAACAACUAAGGUUCAGAGCAUCUUUUCUUUCCAAAUGCCAGCUCUGUGAAAAUAACAGCUUGUUUGGCAAAAUAAUUGCACUCCUUUGUAGCUUUUGUGUGUGUCUAUGUGUGCGUGCAUGCAUAAAAAGGUUAAAGAUCCCAUGUGAAGCAACCAUACCAUCAGUUUGAAUUAUCCCUGAGCAGGAAGAUAAAAUUAUCUUUACAAUAGAAAAUGAGAACUGGCAAACUCUGUGAAUAGUUAAUAUGGUUUUCCCUCUCACCCCCACAUUUUUGUUUUCCACUAAAGGAUCCAAUUACUGUUGGAUUACAGCUUCGCAGAUAUUUGUGACCUUUGUAUAAGCCUAACUUUUGCAUGCGAGUGGAUUAUUUAACUAUGGAAAAGAUUACAGCUCUCUGCAUUUGUUGAUUCAUACAGAGCAAAGGGAAAAGUGUUUUAAUUAAUCUCUGGGCAAAAAUGGUUCCAACUGUCCAUGGCAUUAAGAAAUAUUCAAAAGCUCUAAAAAUCAAUCAGCUGAAAUAUUAUUGCAAUCUUAAAACACUUUUAAAAUGUAAAAAUAUUUAUCUGAACCUGAUUAAUUUUAAAAAGGAUUCUCUCUCAGCCACUCUUUUCUAGCUUGUCCUUUCCAUUCAACUUAAUAGAGUUGUUGUUCCUGCACCAGUUCUACCUGGGUGCAAAUUCAUCAGAAAAAUUCCCCAAUAUAAAAGAUUAAAAAUUUGUUUCAAGUUCACAAACUGCUGCUAGUUUCUUAUCAAGUCCAAUGUCAAUAAAGUGAAGAGUUAUACCAACUUCUUCAUCUCUGUAUCUGCAUAGAAAUAUCAAACUUCAAAGAGAAAUGCUGGUGCUUCCAUUUGAAUUGCUGGCAUUUCUCUGUAAUAUCCAGCCCAUAAACUUAAAAAGGAAUGAGUCCAUUGAAUUUUAAAUCAUUUGUUUUAUUGCUUAUAAAAAUACAUCACUUUGAAUGGUUUAAGCAUAGUAAUUAUGAAUUUAUAAAUUACAAAUGUCUUCCCUAGGUUCAGUAUUUAUUUUAAUUUCAAUUAUUCUAAUAUUGCAUAGUGAUCAUGUUUGAUGCAUUUGUGUGAUGGUUGAAAGCUGUUUUAAACACCUUUGCCUGUGGUAGGCAGGGAGUUCCAAGUUAUGAUUAUUAAUGUCUAAAUAUGUAUUUUAGCAUAAAUCCAUAAAUACGUGGAGCCUGACCUGUAAUGUUUUUAACCUUUCAAAUAUCCCAUAAUAUUUAACACAAUGUAUCAAAAAGAAAGAAAAUUGGAUUUUAUUUUAGGCUCUCUUGAUUUCAAAGCCAAGCAAAAUGAUGAUUGUUCAAUUCCACGUCUCUUGAACAUUUUUGGUGAUUUUUAGUAGUUUAAUUACUUGCAUUUUUAGUGUUGGUAGUUUAUUUUCACUGAACCAUGUAGCUAGUCUCUUAAUACACUCUAGUAAGUAUUAAUAUAAAACUUCGUAUCUGUUUUCAUGCUCUGAAUGGUGCUUAUUGUGCAGUGUGAUAUCACUAUUUCACAGAAAAAGUUUAAAUUUUUCUGUCACUCUUCUCUGAAUGUUGAUUUUCUUCCAAAUUAAGCUGCAAUUAUACUGCCUUAGAGGGCUUGUUUUCAGAUGCCAAAUGUUUUCUGAAUUGACUCCGGUUGGACAAUGAUUCUGUAUUACAACAAGAUCUUGGUGCAAAGAAGAGACAUUUUUUUCGACAAGGGCAUUACUGUAGUCACUCUAACUGAUUCAGGUGCAGCUACUGUGGGUAACUUGGUGAGAACAAGAUUGGACCGAGUUUCGUUGUAAGUUUACUCAUUACUUACGAUAGACCCUUCAGGAUUCUACCAGCUCAUUCAUUGUUGCUGAGUUUCUCUUGAUGAGCACUGAUGUCAUCCAACAGCACACACCAUAUCUUUGGCAUUCUUAAUGUUUUCUGCGUGGAAGAGUACUGAUCCGGUACGAGAGAGUAGUCUGCAGAAAGACCCCGUACUUGUGUUUGAUCUGAUGCCAUACAGUAUUGUGGGAUUAAGUUACUUCUUUACUGUAUACCACCAUAGAGUGACCUCUGGUCAAACCCAGGAGUCAGGAGCACCAGCCGAAAGGUGCAGUUCUGAUCAUGUAACUUUUGUUGGGCUGUUUCUUGUCUAAAUUAUGCAUCAACUCACCCAAUUCAGAUAUCUAUUUGCCCUAAAUAUUCUUGACAAGGACAAUACAAGAUUGACUGGGACAUUUACACUCCCUUCCCCACACCCAACUCCCCAUAUUAGAGAAGCUCUAUACUAGGCAGUAUAUCCAGUUUUCCCAUUUUAUGUUUCAACAGAGUGGCUUCCUAGGCCAUUUCACUUUGUUCGGGAUCUGGAAUUGUAUGGUUGGUUUUAAACAUGAAGAUGUAGAGAAGGAGUAGAAAGAGGUAGGCAAGUCUGUGAUAAGCUGAAAGACCCGUAAGAUAAAAUGAAUAGGGGGACAACAGAGUAAAGUAACAAGCUUACAAGAGGUGUAAAUGCAGCGUAAUUGUUUUAAAUUACUAAAGUCAGUGGAAGGAAUCUGAAAUGGUAUUUCGGGUGGUAUAUCAGGUGCUGAAGUCAAAAUGGGAAUGAGAAGGAAAAUUAAAAUGAUUUUAAUAACAUUUUAAACAUUUAUUUCAUAAUUUCAAGUAAUGAUUCUACACUUGAGUCUCCUUCAGUCUUUUGGCUUGCACCAUCACUCUUUUGAUAACUUAAUCUCUCCUGCUUUACACCUUAUCACGUGAUCUCUUUUUGGAGAAAAAGGACUGUCUAGCCUUGUCUCCCCUCAACCUCUUAACAUAUUAAAAUUUAUGUGUCUGACUUGUAAUGUUACUUUUGUUUUCCUUUCUCUAAAAAUCCAGUCCGACUUGACAAGUAUUUCAUUUUCAGUUCUAAUUUUUGGUUACUAGUUCAUUAACUUAACUCAGAUGCAUGCUGUUGCAAUUUUUAAUAGAUGAAUAAUGGGCAUAAAAUCAGAUAUGAAUAGUCUGGCUUCUCUUUUUCUCUCUGUGCCAGCACAAUGCUGUUGCUGAGAAAUUUGAAGGUACAGAGGAUAGGGGGAGGAGAUGUUUCUUUUAGAAAUAAGAGAAGCUAGUAUUUCUUAAAAUAUUUCUGAAUUUCUAACUUUUCAUAGCAAGUAAUAUAAUUUGUUUCCCCCUCUAAUUUUGAAUUGCUGCUAGUUAACUUCCACAGUCAAACGGAUCUGGGAGGAUAUAUUAUGACAGGCAGUUUUCCCCUAUAUUCCAUAGCCAGGCUAAUAAUAUAUGACUUUAUGCCUAUUUUUCAUUUAUUUUUAAAAAUGAAUACCCUCAUUUAUGGUCAACUAAAAUGAUAAUUUGUAUUACCACGGUACAGAAGCUUUAUGUGAAAUACAAUCAACUCUGUUUGCAACACUUAAAAAUUGCUUUGUAGCUAAAUAAACUUUAACCAAAAGAGUAAGAUUUUGCUGGCAGUAAAUACAAUGAUUUAUUUGAUAGGUUGUUGUGAAACAUUGGACAUUUUGUUACCAAUGAUUCAGAUGAAUCUUGUUCUAAAUCCUGCACAUUCUUUUAUAUUUCAAAAUACAGUGGAAAAAAUGAGUCAAAUAUUUUCUAAACCAAAUUUUAAUCUGACUGUUGACUCAGGUAUAUUGAAAUUAAAACUAUUAUGUAUAGGGCUUGGGGGAAAAAGGUUGACUUUAAUUACUUUAAUUUCAAUUCCUUUACCUAAUUUUCUAUAAUUGCACUGUACUGCUGCCACAAAGCAAUAAAUUUUAUAAUACAUGUUAGUGAUGAUAAACCUGAUUCUGAUGAUACGAUUCAUGAAAUAAUAGAACUUAUGUUAAUAAGGAAAAGUUUACAACAUCAACAUUUUCUAUUCACAGCAUGUGCCUGAAAUAUUGAGUGAUUUACUGAUAGCUCUCUGAAAUUAUUUGUGUUCAAUCCUAUAUGUUAAGAUGUAUUCAACAGUGCAUAGCUGUAGUCACUCAUUGUUACAAUGCUUCCUUUCAUUGUAGUAAUGAAGUCUAUUUGUAUAUAAAACAGAAUUUACAUUGAUUUUGUAUGAUUUUAGUAUUUGUGCAUAUCUACAGUGUUUUAAAUUUUUGUAAUUUAUUUUGCAGAAAA